AUGGGUGCAUCUGCUUCUCAUCUUCCAGCGCCGACGCACCACGCUGCGCCGCUGAGCGUUUUGAACGCGACGCUCGGGGGGCGCGUGCACGCAGCGGUGCCCUUCGCGCGCCCGUGCUUUUCUCUGGCUUCGCAGGGCGUUUUCGGGAACCAGGAUGCUACUGCGUGUGCGCGUGUGACUGAGACGUACACGGACCGAGACACAAUUGUAUCCGAGUUCGGCGCGUACUUGAAUAGCGGAGGGACUAUAUGCCAAGCAACAGGAGACCAAUGUCUGCUAGAUGCCAACGGCCCGAACAACACCCAGGCCUUCCUCCCGCCAGAGCAAUGUAAACAGGGAAACUUGCCAAGCUAUUAUAUCGACGUGCAAAACGCAGCAGACGUCAGCGCGGCGUUCAGUUUCUCUCGGACAACAGGCAUCCCGCUUUCUAUUAAGAAUACCGGGCAUGACUUCCUGAGUCGCAGCGCGGGUGUUGGCUCAUUGGCGCUUUGGAUGCAUAACUUGCAAGAUAUGUCAUUCAACGCAUCGUUCGUGCCUUCUGGGUGCAAGCAGGCCGGCGUGUCCGCCGUGACGUUCGGGACUGGCGUGCUCACAAGAGAUCUGAACACGUUCGCGGACGCGCACAACGUCACCAUCCCGGGGGGCGCGGACGACUCGAUCGCCUUUGGCGGCGGGUAUCUCUUGGGCGGUGGACAUAGCGCCUUCUCCAAUGCAUUCGGACUGGCAGUCGACCAGGUGGUCCAAUUCGAAGUGGUCACGCCCGACGGCGCCCACCGGCUCGCGAACGGGUGCACGAACUCGGACCUGUUCUUCGCGCUGCGCGGCGGGGGCGGUGGUACGUUCGGCGUCGUCCUAAGCGUGACGAUGCGGGCGCUCCCAAAGCUCGACUUCCCUGUGGUCGUGACGGCGUUCAAGGAGAAGCCCUCGGAGGAGCUGCAGGCAAAGUACGUCGAGUUCCUGGUAGAUAACGCCCUCCCACUCGCUUCGAAAGGCUGGGGUGGGUACAUCGAGCCCGGCCUCGGCUUGACGUUCGUGAACCCCUUCGUGAGCAUGGCCGACGCCGCGGACACGAUGGCAGACCUGCAGCAGCUCGUCGAGACCGAACUGAACGGCACGUUCCUCCUUCAGCGCGAGACGUCAUACCUCUCGUUCUACCAGCAGUUCGUCGCGCCCACGACCCUGCCGGACAAUGCGCCGUCCGCGCUCGCAUCGCGUCUGAUCCCCGCGUCAGUGUUCAACACGUCCGCCUCGCGCGCGGCGCUGAGCGACGCGCUCGUCGCCGCUGCCCAGCGACACACCAUCACGCUCCUCUUCUCCGUCGCGCCGCAUUUCUUCAAAGGCGGCGACGGGCUGACAAGCGUCAGCCCCGCGUGGCGCGAGUCGCUCUGGCAUGCGAUAUACAUCGACUACUGGGCGUACAACACCACGGUGUCCGAACGCGCGCAGAUCUACCAGGGCCUGGAGGCCGACGCGCAGGCGCUCCGGGAUAUCGCGCCCCACUCGGGGGUCUACUGGAACGAGGCGUCUGUGUUUGAGCCCGACUACACGGAGGCUUUCUGGGGCGCGAACUAUGCGCGGUUGCUCGCGAUCAAGCGGAAGUACGAUCCGGACCAUCUGCUCGAUUGUUGGAAGUGUGUGGGCUGGAAGGGCGCGGCGGACGCGCGGUACAGUUGCCAGCAACGGCUGGAUGCAUAGCGAGCCGGGUCGGACCACUGUUAUUCUCUGAGCCACCGUGAGGUCCGCAUCGAGAGUCUAUUUACAUAACUUAUCUACCAUUCAGGAGGC